CUUGAAGAGAAUCUCUUGUUUCGUUUGUUGCACUUUUCCGCGUCUCUAGUCUGUGUCUGUCCAUUUUGAUCGGUCCAAUCAUUCUUGUUCUUCAUUGGUCCGAUUCAAUUGACAAGACUAUCGGCAAGCAUAGUCAAUCGAAUCAUAUGGUCUACUUCAGGUUCAGCAACAUUCGGUGCCCCGUAGAUGUAAUUCACCGUUGUUCGACGUGAUCGGUCGUGCCUCUGCCAUCCCUUUUAUCAUUCGGAAUUUGAUUUCACGCCUUAUAUUUCGGUGUGUUGAUGUUCUAAGGCUCAUUGUCUUUGUCGUGCUCAUGUGCAGGAGGAUUUCAAUUGUAUCGUUCUAUUGACGUCAUAGAUAGAGGUGUGCCGACUCCCACUCCUAUCCCAUCGGAAGUGCAUACUCUACACACAAGUGGACCCUUAUAUUCACCCCCGUCGUGCUUCUACCAACAUUUCACCCAUCAUUUGCCUGACUUCCUUAAUAAUCGACGAAAAAGAGGCUGAAUUUGAGUAGGCUGUCAGAGCUAGGAUUUCGAUUAGGGAGAGCUGAGUAUUUAGAGUUUCAGGCUGGCAGAGCUGAGCAUUCAGAAGACCACAAGAUGACGAGAACAAGGAAAAGAAACUGCAUGUACAUGAUUAAGCGGCGGCUCUUACGCCUCGCCUCUUUGUGCGCCAUUUCGUCUGCCCCGACACUGGCAAGAAAGAACAACGUCGCAUGUUCCCUGAGAGGUAUCUGUUGAGUAGGGGACCCAGACACCAGCACCAGCGCCAUCAAGUCGACCUCCAGCACCACCAGUCCUGCUAGUUCGACGACGGAGAAGACUCCGAUCGCACCUAGAUCUACUCCUGUGUCCUCUCCCACCGCUCAGCCUGAAGUGGCCGGCCAGAGCGCUGCCUCAGCUGAAGCAGGGCAGGUACCUAAUGACUCUUUGCUUGUGAAACUGAAAAAAUAUGCUGCGGCAUCGUGUUGCAGCUACUACCCUAAACCUUUGAUUUUCACCCUUGAAAGAGAUAGCAUUAGCUGCAAAAACAGGAGUUAUUAGUCGAUGAUGAAAAGAAAAACUGGUACAGGGACAGGCAACCGACCGUGAAGCUGCUCCAAAAACAGGGCAAAGCUGCAAGGACUUGCCAACCGCUAAGCAAAGCUGUCUUCAAUGGCCGGCUACCACGUGGGACGAUACUAGGGAGUACACUGGUAGUGACUACAAGAUGUGUUGCAGGCUCAGGUAUAAUUCCUAAUUAACAUAUUAAUAUAAAGGAACGUUAACGUGGUCCUGUGGUCGACUUGUUGUAUAGAAAACAUAAAUAGAUGUUUUUGGUCUAGUGUUUCUGUUGUAAGUAUAGUGUGGUUCCUCUUCUACUUCUAUUUUCAUCUGAUAGUAGAUUUAGAUAGUUGACAUCUACUCUAGGGUAAUAUACAUAGUAUCGCACGACUGCCUGAGCACAAUUGUCUACUUAUACUUCCCUUGUUCAUGAUGCAUAAUCAUGUUUAUUCCUCUUCAACAUAUUUCUAACAAAAAAUUCAAAGUCAACUACUGUCUACUGAUCAUACGUGCUGUGAUCCGUAUGCGUAUCAGCUAUCUCAAUACUGUUUGUAACUUCUAUCGUCUUUUCUGAUCGUCAUCAUCCUCGUCUAUCCAAAAUGAUCGCACAACAAGAAAUUAGCUUCAGAACAUCAAAGAUAGUCGGAGCCUAUGCUUGUCUUUAGUAACGGAUGCAAGAUCAUGUAAUAUUGUGCAACUAGAUGUACAUGUAGAAAAUAAAUAUGAUAGUAGAUCUAUUAAUGUUAGUCCGAGAGAAAGACUUAACAAUGGAGGGAAAACUAAAAAGCAGUGCUAAUAUAUUCUUCAAAUUGUAUUCCGAAAAUCAUGAUGUUUGGGACCGUCAUGAGGUCACUGUAGCCGCAAAAAUGAGAAAUCUCCUCUAUUAUUUGUCAAAUAAUACAUUUUCAGUCUUUGAGAACUCCAGUCUCAAUGGUCUGUAA